GCCCUGCGGAAGGGCUGUUGCCCUUGACAACCCGGGCGGCCUGAGGAGCUUGACAACCAGCUGAGCGCUAGACUGCGCUGCUGCCUCUGAUGACUAUGCAGCCAGGUCCAGCGCCUAGAGCACCAUCCACCGUGUUCUGUCUCUUCAGCCUGACCCUGGGCCUGAUAGGGUGAACUGGAUCCUUGGGACUUGGGACAAGUGAAAUGUGAGGUAAUGGUGUCCCGCUUUACUUUUGCUAAGUGUCAAAAUGGACAUGGAGUCUGGAGAAAAGAGAGUGAAGGGGAAAGACGAGGAAGUCUGAUAAUAAAGAUAUCACUGAAGGUUAGAAACAAAAUCAACCAGAGGAAAUUCUGAAAGUAUGGGAUGUGGAGAAUCAAAAAUAUCUGUAGCAAAUACUAUUGUCAUAGGGGUUAUCCAGAUUAUGAUUGGCAUCUAUCAUGUACUCAUGUGGUAUUUCCUAUUGGUAUUGUAUAUGGGACAAAUUAAAGGAGUAUUUGGGACUUAUGAACCUUUAACUUACAAAAUGGGAACUGCUUUAUGGGGAAUUGCUUUUGUCAUUUCAGGAGCCUUCACAAUAAAAGCAGCAAGAAAACAAAAUAGAAAUAUGGUUGUCUGUACUCUGUCCCUGAACAUGCUCUGCAUCAUGGUUGUGCUCAUUGCAGCCAGCCUGACAAUAGUGGAGUUGGCUCACUUCCGCUCUGUGUCAUACAGGAAUUAUGGACAAGCAAAGCUGGGAAGGGAAGUGUCCCGUAUUCUGUUGUUCUCCUACCCCCUGGAAUUCGGGGUCGCCCUCUCAUACUCAAUCUGCAGCUGUUCGCAAUUGGGAAGAAGAGAAGAGCGGAGCUUAGAAACCGUUACUGAUGUCAUGGAGGGCACCUUAUUCUGAAAGCUGGAGACAUGAACACCUUUCAUGACUGCUGACGCCUGACGCAUGUGCCCACGAUAUUUCUGUAGAACAAGGCUGCUGCACAACGCAUACCUCUUGUGCAAAAGGAAGUUCACAGCAGGUUAAAAAUUACCCCCUUGGUGUGUAAGGAAUGUUUACACAUAUAUCUUCUAGGUUCCAGAGGAGAAGGCUUUUCCUGUGUAAGCAAGAGACUAUCAAAAGGAAGCACCUGCCAGCUAGCAACUCUGAAAAGCUGUCAGCUCUCCACAGCACAUCAUCUGCAGUAGAUUGUAAAAAGCUGUUUGUAACCUGUACGAGUGCAGGCUAUGAAAUUUAGAGCACAAUCUGUAAUUCAGAGGAAAACUUUAGUUUCUGUCCCUGUGAGUGAAAACCACAUUCCACAUUCUGCAUUCUCCUCAAGCUAGCUUCUGCCUCCACAAAGCAAGGAUCAAAAGGUCACUAAUUCAACGCCUUUAUUGUCCCAUGGCUUUUCCUGUCCUCAUUAAAGUUCCUUUCUGUCCUA